AUGUCACCAUGGGAGAUCCAGGCCUUCAAGGAGGCGAGGGAUAACUUGGGCCAUGCCUCAUCCGUGGGAGGAGGAAAAGGACCUCCCGCUGAAGGACUACUGGUGGAGCUCCCCCUCUUCCCCGGGGCCUGGGGCCUGCAGAAGCUGCAGGUGUGGGAGUGCCCUGCGGCCCUGCAGGCUGAGCUCACCCUGACACUGGAGGUCCUGGACAACAUCACCAACCUGGCCCUGGAGGACAUCCUGAAGCAGCCCCUCCACAUGCUGCGUCACAUCCGCUCCCAGCUCUGGGCCUGUGUGACUCACAGUGCCCUCUCUGCCCCCAGGCCCCACAGUCGCCUCCUGUCCCAGUGGCUGCAGUGGCUCAAGCAGGCCACCAAGAAGGAGUCCCCUGGCUGCCUUCAGGCCUCUGUCAUCUCCAACCUCUUCUGCCUGCUCACCUGGGACCUGAGAUGUGUGGCCAGGCCAGACCAGUGUGCCUAA